CGUUAGGCGGCUACAUACAGAACGUUAGGCGGCUACAUACGGAACGUUAGGCGGCUACAUGCGGAACGUUAGGCGGAUACAUGCGGAACGUUAGGCGGAUACAUGCGGAACGUUAGGCGGAUACAUGCGGAACGUUAGGCGGCUACAUACGGAACGUUAGGCGGCUACAUACGGAACGUUAGGCGGCUACAUACGGAACGUUAGGCGGCUGCAUACGGAACGUUAGGCGGCUACAUACGGAACGUUAGGCGGAAACAUGCAGAACGUUAGGCGGCUACAUACAGAACUUUAGUUGGAGCCCUACAUGGACGAGAAGUUCAUAACCCGAGCCUUCGGCACCAUGGGGGAGUUGGUGGUGAGUGUACGGAUUAUACGCAACAAGAUGACUGGUAGGGGUGCAGCAGGCUACUGCUUCGUGGAGCUGACGGAUGAAGCCACAGCUGAGAGGUGUCUUCGUAAAGUCAAUGGAAAAGCACUACCAGGAGCCACACCGCCUCGAAGAUUCAAGUUAAACCGGGCCACUUUUGGGAAGCAAGGAGAAAGCGGUCCACUCUAUUCUCUGUUUGUUGGGGAUCUCACACCUGAAGUGGAUGACGGGAUGAUCUACGAGUUCUUUUACAACCGCUACCCUUCCUGUCGUGGGGGGAAGGUGGUGCUGGAUGGCACGGGGAACUCCAAGGGUUGUGGGUUUGUCCAGUUCCCAGACCAGAGGCUUCAGAAGCUGGCCCUGGAGGAGUGUCAGGGAGCGGUGGGGCUCGGGAGCAAGCCCCUACGACUGAGCUUAGCUGCUAACAAAACUCGGCAUAAUCAAUCAGACAACAGGGGAUGGGGGUCCCACGGAGGAGGCUACAGACACAACCAGAACCAAUACAAUCAGCACAAUCAACAGCCGUACGGUAGUGGAUGGGGCUCUUGGGGCUACGACCAGAAUGGGGGCAACUAUGGCGGCUACAACUACAACCAGUAUGAUUACACACAGAAUCCUGCACAGGAAAAUGAAGCUUUUGAAGAUGAUGGUCUGGAAGAUCCUAACCCAGAGCUGGAUGUGGUGGAAGCCAACAGGAAGUUUAUGGAACACAGUGAGGAACUGUAUGAUGCCCUUAUCCAGUGCCACUGGCAACCCUUGGAAUCCUCGGAACAAACCUUUGGAACUACAAGUACCCUUCUAGAACCUGUCUACUGUUGAGGCAAUAUCCUCUUGCUAUGUUAUUUGGCCUCUCAUAUUAUUUUCUGUAGGCUAAAGACAUCCCCAGAACUGCCAUUUGCUUACAAACGUUGUUUGUUAAUCAACAAAAAAUGAUUUAUUUUGUGCAUCUAUUGACAUCAUUUUUUUUUUUAACAACAAAUAAACUGGACACGUGGCUCAUCCUGUACCUAAGAA